AUUUUUAUGCCUAAUGGCAUAAUGUCGCUACUAUUUUGAUUAUUUUUUUUACAAUGCGUUUUGACAGUUGUUGGACUUGUCCAUUUUUAUGCCUAAUGGCAUAUAUUGGCACUACAAAAACGAAACUAAAGACAAGGGUUCCGCUUAUAAAUCGUAUCGAAAGGCAAAGAAUAAGCCUUUAGAAAAGAAGACUGCAAAAGAAAACGUCAAUACCGCAAUUAUGUAACAUAUAAUGAACAUCGUUUAGUUAAAUAUGUCGACAAAAAAAAAUCGUUUGACCUAUCGGUUAUGUUAUUCUCUAAUUCCUCGUCAAGGCGGGUUUAAAAAGGUGAUCUCACGCGAACAACUGUUAAGAGCCGGUUUGACGGAAUUAAGAUGUCAAAUUUUUGUUUGCAUUCUUGCAUAUUCUCUGCUAAUGUACACACACGAACACAAAUUCCUUUAUGUGUGUUGGCAAAACGUCGUUCAGCUUGAUGGUGGAUUGCACCUUAUGAUUUGUGGUUGUUGCACAAAUGAGACCACCUUUAAUUGUUUCGCCAUACGUUGCGCCUAGAAGCCAUUAUUUCGGGAGAGGAAAGGUUCAUCUUUAGUACUCAAUACUUUGAUAAAUAGCUACUGAUGAAAACAACUUUAUUGACAAAUUUGCACCAACAUUCUUGCAAUUUCUAAGCAAAAAAAAUAUCUGAAUCCGAAAAAAUGUGGUCAAAUUUUUGAGUAUGGGAACAGACUUAUAACAACGUACUACAUCGCUGCUGACACUACCUUAUUCAGCAUAUCCUGGCGUAUAAACUUCAAAAGUUGAAAAAACAUCUGUUUCUAUUUUGAGACCAGCUGAUUUUGUUUUGAUGGGAAUAAUUGAAUUCCUUAGCUCACAAUCAGGCGGGGGUGACGGAGGUGCAUAUUACGGUAGAUAGAAGAAAUAGAAGUACUGCUAUAUACACAUUGAAAAGAAUCUACGGUGCAUAAUCUCCGACGUGUGGUGAAACAAUAAAAUAUAGUUUGCCAUUUGGCAAACAAUUAUUAAUUUUAACAUCUAAUCUUAAGUAAACAAUAAAAAUUAAAAAGAUACAAAGCAAAGAAGGCGUUUGAUAACGUUUUCGUUGAGUUAAAUGUUAGAAGCUAAAAUAUCAGUGUUACCAAAUAGUGUCUAGUAUAAUGUUUGUAGUAUAUUGCUGCUAAAAGUUCUCUGCCGACGACUCUCAAAUUAUAACAAAAGUGAACUAAUAUAAAAGGUUUUAAAUCAACGGAGUCUUGCCAUCGUUUCGUAGGAAAUGUCGCGCGACACGCUUUCGAGGAACAGCGUGUUUCGCAGCAUCCUACAGCGAGAUCAUCACAAUCCACAUGUUGUUCGAAGAAACCUAAUUGCUAGUGCGAAGGAUUCGCUGGAUUAUGUGCAGCGAUUGGGUCUUAUGUGUCGAUUGGCUAUUCAUUCGGGUUGCGUGAAUACCGUACAUUGGAAUAGUACGGGUGAAUAUUUAAUAACCGGCUCUGAUGAUCAAUUUAUAGCGGUCACAAACCCCAACAAUCAGGAAGUACUACUCAAAUAUAAGACAGCACAUAGGGCGAAUAUUUUCAGUGCACGUUUCAUGCCUCAGUCCAAUGACCAGGCAAUUGUAUCAUGUUCUGGAGAUGGUAUCGUUUUGCACACUGAACUAUUAGCACCCUACAUUAAGAGGGUACGUAGCAGCAACAAGAGCGGCGAGUCUUCACCAACUGUAUUCGAAAGGAUAUCUGACAACGACACCAAUGUUGGCUUUUUCAAUUGCCACAAAAGUGGCACUACCUAUGAGGUAAUGACAGUUCCUACAGAGCCUCGAUCUUUUAUGAGUUGUGGCGAAGAUGGCACCGUACGGCUUUUCGAUCUCAGGAAAGUUUCUAGCUGCCAUAAGACUUGCUGCAAAGACAAUAUAUUGAUCUUUAGUCCAUCGGCUGUUAACGCCAUGGACUUGGCACCCAUCAGCUGUAAUUAUGUAGCAGUGGGAAGUUCAGAUGCCAUUGUACGUAUAUACGAUCGACGCUAUUUGUCUGUGAUUGAUUUUAGUGAUAGUUCUAUACCAACAACCGAACGUCAUACCCGUCCAGUUAAAGCUUACCCCAUACCACAAUCAACAAAUCGCCAAUAUCGCAUCACUUGUAUCCGGUAUAGUCCCGAAGAGUCUGAGCUUUUGGUUAGCUACUCAUCAGAGUAUUUGUAUCUGUUCGAUUUGCGAAAUGAUGGAGUCGAUAUUUGUGAUUUGUCCAAAAAGGGACGAUCUUUUCAUCGCGACACAACACCACCGCCACCAAUGACAGCGGAACAGGUGACAAGACGUUUACGAUUAAGAGGUGAUUGGUCUGAUACAGGACCUGAUGCCAGGCCUGAACGUGACACUACAGGACGUAGUGAAGUUGGCCAAGUAAGACCCCAAUUGCAGGCUAACAUUAUGAACCGAAUGACAGAGGUGAUAUCGCGUAUGUUGAAUGAUCCACGCACACGCAUGGGUUUGACGAAUCAAAUGCAGGAGACCUUAAGGGAAACUGCUCAGGAAGGCAAUGAGAGUUUGAUUAUGGAAACAAGAGAUGUUGCAGAAGAAUCUAGGCCGUCCACUUCAUCGGCAUGGCGAAGAGCUGCAGCAAGCACCUUAGCUGCAAAUCAAUCUUCAGCUAUAGAAGCCCAGCCCCAAGAAAGUCUCAGAACCCGUAGUGGUGAAAUUAAUGAUGUUGAAAUGUCCGGCAAUUCCAAUCAAACUCCCGCCACUCAGAGCCCUGCAAGCAGAGAUACAGAUUUUCAAGAUGAUUCGGCUUCGCUCAAUCAAGAGUUGGCUGAUUUGGAAAUGGAAACAAAAGAGGUAAUAUUCGACUAUCUGAGAAUGAAGUAUAUUGGACAUCGUAAUGCUCGGACCAUGAUAAAAGAGGCUACAUUUUGGGGCAAUAAUUAUGUGAUGUCUGGUUCGGAUUGUGGCCACAUUUUUACCUGGGAUCGGCAUACCGGCAAAUUGGUAAUGUUGAUGCAGGCCGAUCAGCACGUGGUUAAUUGUCUGCAACCUCAUCCGGUGUUGCCAUAUUUGGCCUCAUCGGGCAUAGAUUAUGAUGUCAAAAUCUGGGCACCCGUACUAGGUAAAAAAAGUUACAACGAAGACGAAGCCGAAGAUCUAAUGAAACGCAAUGCAAUAAUGUUGGAACAAACCAAAGACACAAUUACCGUGCCAGCAGCCUUUAUGAUACGUAUGUUGGCUUGCAUACAUUCGCUGCGAAAUCGCGAACGCAAUGCAGGUAGCAACGAUGCGCCGGCCCCUUCGGCUGCUGCUAAUCCAAAUGAAAGUGCACAACACGAUGCCGGUGAUAGCAAUAACAAUUCGACUUCUAGUAAUAACAAUAGCAGUAAUCAACCUGAUCCUGAUAGUGAAAUUAACUAAUAGCAAGUAGACGAUUUCUCAAUAUUUGAGAAAAAGAAAAAAAAAAAUGAUCAUGUUAUUAGUGAUGCUUCUUUUCUUUUGAAAUUAACAAAUACUUAUUUAUGAAAUUUAUUCUUUGAGAUUUUUUUUUUUCAAUUAUGAAAAUAUAUAUAAAAAAACAUUACA